AUGGCCCAUAUCAUUCCAAAUGCACGGCAGCGUGUUGCCAAAAUUGACCACUCCGCUUAUUUCCGUGGCAAUUUGGUCGACGACUGUGACUGUAGAUGCAGAUGGGCCUCUGGGCGAAUAUAUUGGACUUUACUCCGCCAGUCAUCCCGAAACCUUGCGCGUAUCAUCUGGAUCAACAUAAUCGAGCGUGAAGGAGAGCUUAAGGAAAGAGGACCUUCUCCAAAAGUUGACUGCAAUAAAUCUGAUGCUGGCCUUUGCAGUCGCACUUAA